UUCUCCUGGCCCCGUACAUUGCCAGGUACUUGUGCUAAAGAACUGUCAUGCACUAUCUCAUUUAAUUGAAACAAUAGUGAAUUAUUUAAAUACAGUCAAGCCUCCUUACUCCAAGUGAAAACCGAAGCUUUAUACGGAUGCAAUAAGAUUGAAGAACUUGCCCAGUUUAAAUCCAGGCAGUCCUGCAAGGAGGGGGGCUCCUCAUCCAUGAAACACGAGGGUUUCUGACCUGCCUGGAUCAUUCCUUCCAAUUCUUAUCCUUUGAGUCAGUAGAAGCCCAAACAGCAACUGAGAGGAGUAAAGAAAUCCUCAGGCGAAUUAAAGUCGAGGAACCUGUGGGGCCAGUGUGUCCAAGGCACGGACAGGGAGGGGCUCCUACAUGAAAUGCAGCAAGGUUCAGCCUGAGCCAGCCAGGGUCCUGGAGCCUCUCCUGACUUCCUCAGGCCACUCUAAUUACAGAGUCUGUGGUAGGUUGCAAGGAGGAGCUGUUUCGGGGCGGAAAGCUUCCUUGGGUAUUGUAUUUGCCUAUAAAUACUUCAAAUAGUUAAGUGAAAUGUGCAGCCUUUGAAAGCUGGAGAGGAAGCUAUUGGGAGGCCCCCCGGGUCCGCCUGGCAGAGCAAGCAGAAAAGAAGAGAAAUGGCUGGCGUGUCGUUAACGCGGGAGACGAGUAACAGCCCUGCCCAGGCCAGAUGGCGGGGCGCGGGGCCUCGGGCGCGACUCCGGAAGACUCAAACCGUUAAGGUGACCAGAAUAAUUUGAAAAGGGAAACAAACUUCUCCCGAGCCGUGCCCUCGGGGCCCGGAGGGGGACGUUUGCGUUUGAAAGGGCAUUUUUCAAAAGAAGGUUUCAAGGCGCGGGGGUGUCGGCCCGCCGGGAAGCGCGCGGCCGGAGCAGUGCUGCAGAGCGGCCACCAGCCCGCUUUGUACUUGCGGCCAAGCGCGGCCCCAGAGUUUCGGCCGCAGCCCGGGAGUUGAGGCCACGCCCCCUUUGCAGUGAGAGCCGCGGCCGCUGAUUGGCGCGCCAACGACCAAUGGGCGCGCCGGGGCGGCCCGGGCUGUCAGCGCGCGCCGCAGACUCGCGGCCGCAGCCUGUCUUCCCCAGUGCGGAGCCCGGCAGCCAGAGCAGCCUUCCCGGGAAGCGCGACGGCCGCUCGCGAGCGCAGCCCUGCCCAGUCGCGCGUCUCGGUGCCCGUGCCCCACUGCCACAGCUUUGCGCUAUAGCGCAUGGAGCAUGUGCAGACUCACAGGCGCUAAGGUGCUAUCUAUCCGGGGGGCUUCUGAGCAGUGGUGACGCUGUCACGCCUAGAGAGACCUUCGGGGGCUCUCGCCGCGCCUCUGCGUCGCGGGUGACACUGCGGUGCUCGCGAUCAGGGCGGCAGCUGCCUCUUGGUGGAGACGUCUUGGGCUCCGUGUGCCCUCCCUCUCCCUUUCUCCGCCGCUCGCUCCUUCCCUCGCGGGUUCACACUCGCAGCUUCCCGGAGCUGGAAGCGUGCGUCCCCGCCGCUUCUCUUCCAAAGGGGCCUCCUCACUUCAGAGAUGCAGUGACAAAUUAAUAUGGGCUUCCAAGCCUCGGGUUCCCAGGAAGAGAAUCGCAAGAGGCAACUGCCCCUGAAAGCCCAGAGCCUUUGAACAGGCGGCCCAGGAGGGGCGUGAGACACAGCUGCAGCAUCCAUCCAGGUGGGACCAGCUGAGCACCGCGACAGGUUCUCCGCCGCAUCCCAGCACCUUUAAGGCGCGCUCGCCGGAUUGCUCCGAGUUCCCCGACCGGGGAUUUUUUUUCCCCCCUGCGCUGGUGGUGGGCGCCUCGCGGGCCGAGGCCCGGCGCCUGCUCUGCUGCCCGCGCUGCCUUUAGCGGUCGCCUCCGCCGCUGCUGCCAGGGACGUGCUGGGAAAACCGAAGCCCCGAGAGAAGAUGCCGGCCAUCCUGGUCGCCUCCAAAAUGAAGUCGGGACUGCCCAAACCCGUGCACAGCGCCGCGCCCAUCCUGCACGUGCCCCCGGCCCGGGCCGGCCCCCAACCCUGCUACCUCAAGUUGGGAAGCAAGGUGGAGGUGAGCAAGACCGCCUUUGCUAGCCAGAUCCCCCUGAAAUCGCAGGGACUACCAGAGCUGGCGGCGGAGGGGCUCCCUGUGCGGAAGAGCGGCUCGUUGGAAAAUGGGUUCGAUACCCAGAUCUACACGGACUGGGCCAAUCAUUAUCUAGCCAAAUCAGGCCACAAACGUCUCAUCAAGGAUCUCCAGCAAGAUGUGACAGACGGCGUCCUCCUGGCCCAGAUUAUCCAGGUCGUGGCAAAUGAAAAGAUUGAAGACAUCAAUGGCUGUCCGAAGAACAGAUCGCAAAUGAUUGAAAACAUAGAUGCCUGCUUGAAUUUCCUGGCAGCCAAGGGAAUAAACAUCCAGGGGCUGUCUGCAGAAGAAAUCAGGAAUGGAAACCUCAAGGCCAUUCUAGGCCUCUUCUUCAGCCUCUCCCGGUACAAGCAGCAGCAGCAGCAGCCCCAGAAGCAGCUCCUCUCCUCACCGCUGCCGCCUGCCGUGUCCCAGGCGGCCGGGGCCCCUUUCCAGUGCCAGGCUGGCACUCCUCAGCAACAGGUGCCAGCCACUCCCCAAGCCCCGUGCCAGCCUCACCAGCCAGCACCGCAUCAGCAGUCAAAAGCACAAGCUGAAAUGCAGUCCAGUGCAUCAUCCAAGGACUCAUCUCAAAGCAAAAUCAUCCGCUUCACUCUGGGUCAGAAAAAGAUCUCUAGGCUUCCGGGUCCUACCGCUAGGGUAUCCGCUGCAGGCAGCGACGCCAAGACACGCGGAGGGGCGGCCACUGCUAACAACCGCCGCAGCCAGAGCUUUAACAACUAUGACAAGUCCAAACCAGUCACCUCCCCGCCCCCACCAAGCAGCCAUGAGAAAGAGCCAUUGGCAAGCCCAGCCUCCUUCCACCCCGGAAUGAAUGAAAAUGCACCUGUUUCUUUGGACAGUGGCAGCAGCUCCACCACCCCUGCUAAUUGCAAUGUCUCCUCGGCCAUCCCCCAGCCCGGGGCCGCCAAGCCCUGGCGCAGCAAGUCCGUCAGCGUGAAGCACAGCGCCACGUCGUCCAUGCUGUCAGUCAAGCAGCCCGUGCCCGAGGCCCCCAGGCCCAGCUCCGAAGCCUUGAAGCCAGCCCCCAAUAAUCAGAAGUCCAUGCUAGAAAAACUAAAACUUUUCAACAGCAAAGGGGGUUCCAAGGCGGGUGAGGGACCAGGGUCGCGGGACACCAGCUGUGAACGGUUGGAGAUUCUGUCCAGCGUUGAAGAGAGCGAAGAGAUGGAGGCCACCAGUCGCACGCUGUCCAUGGCGGGCCCCCCUUCCAACAGCCCCAAGAUCGCACUGAAGGGCAUCGCCCAGAGAACUUUCAGCCGGGCGCUGACCACCAAGAAGAGUUCCCCGAAAGGCAAUGAAAAGGAAAAGGAGAAACAACAGCGGGAGAAGGAAAAGGAGAAAAGCAAGGACCUCACCAAGAGAGCCUCUGUGACAGAGAGGCCAGACCUCAGAGAGGGGCCAAAAGAAGACCCCAGUGGGGCAGUGGUGACGGAGAUGCCAAAAAAGUCCUCCAAGAUCGCCAGCUUCAUCCCCAAAGGGGGCAAACUCAGCAGUGCCAAGAAGGAGGCGCCAGCCCCUUCCCUCAGUGGAAUACCAAAACCAGGGAUGAAGAGCAUGCCCGGGAAAUCCCCAAGUGCCCCUGCCCCUUCCAAGGAGGGGGAGCGGAGCCGGGGUGGCAAGCCGAGUUCGGGGCUCCCCCAGCAAAAGCCCCAGCUGGACGGCAGACACUCCAGUUCCUCCUCCAGCCUGGCAUCCUCGGAAGGGAAAGGCCCAGGAGGGACCACCCUGAACCACAGCAUCAGCAGCCAGACUGUCAGUGGGUCCGUCGGGACCACCCAGACCACAGGAAGCAAUACCGUCAGUGUUCAGCUACCUCAGCCCCAGCAGCAAUACAACCACCCCAACACUGCCACGGUCGCACCUUUCCUGUACAGGUCCCAGACAGACACUGAAGGGAAUGUUACUGCCGAGUCCAGCUCAGCGGGUGUGAGCGUGGAGCCCAGCCACUACUCCAAGAGUGCACAGCCUGCUCUGGAAGAACUCCCUGGAGAAGACCCUGAGGCUCGGCGACUGCGGACAGUGAAAAACAUCGCUGACCUGCGGCAGAAUUUGGAGGAGACCAUGUCCAGUUUACGGGGAACUCAGGUUACACACAGCACAUUGGAAACCACAUUUGACACCAAUGUCACCACAGAGAUCAGCGGACGCAGUAUCCUCAGCUUGACGGGCAGGCCUACUCCUCUAUCCUGGAGACUUGGCCAGUCCAGCCCUCGGCUCCAAGCAGGAGAUGCCCCCUCUAUGGGCAACGGGUACCCGCCUCGAGCCAACGCCAGCCGGUUCAUCAACACUGAGUCGGGCCGCUAUGUGUACUCUGCCCCUCUGAGGAGGCAGCUGGCCUCCAGGGGCAGCAGUGUCUGCCACGUGGAUGUCUCAGACAAGGCGGGAGAGGAGAUGGACUUGGAAGGCAUCAGUAUCGAUGCUCCCGGCUACAUGAGCGACGGGGACGUCCUGAGCAAGAACAUCCGGACGGAUGACAUCACCAGCGGGUACAUGACCGAUGGUGGACUUGGCCUCUACACCCGUCGCCUGAACCGGCUCCCUGAUGGGAUGGCUGUGGUGCGGGAGACGCUGCAAAGAAAUACCUCCCUGGGCCUUGGAGACGCUGACAGCUGGGAUGACAGCAGCUCCGUCAGCAGCGGGAUCAGUGACACCAUAGACAACCUCAGCACUGAUGACAUCAAUACCAGCUCCUCCAUCAGCUCCUAUGCCAACACACCUGCCUCCUCUCGCAAAAACCUGGAUGUCCAGACCGACGCAGAGAAGCACUCGCAGGUGGAGAGGAAUUCCCUGUGGUCUGGUGAUGAUGUCAAGAAGUCCGACGGCGGGUCAGACAGCGGCAUAAAGAUGGAGCCAGGGUCUAAGUGGAGGCGGAAUCCCUCGGACGUGUCUGACGAGUCCGACAAGAGCACAUCGGGCAAGAAGAACCCGGUCAUCUCCCAGACAGGCUCGUGGCGGCGAGGCAUGACAGCUCAGGUGGGCAUCACCAUGCCAAGGACGAAGCCGGCUGCCCCGGUGGGCACGCUCAAGACCCCAGGAACUGGAAAAACCGAUGAUGCAAAGGUGUCUGAGAAAGGCAGGCUGUCUCCCAAAGCCUCCCAGGUGAAGCGCUCCCCAUCAGAUGCAGGCCGCAGCAGCGGUGACGAAUCCAAAAAGCCCCUCCCCAGCAGCUCCAGGACGUCCACUGCCAAUGCCAACAGCUUUGGGUUCAAGAAGCAGAGUGGCUCGGCCGCCGGUCUGGCCAUGAUCACAGCCAGCGGGGCCACCGUCACCAGCAGGUCAGCUACACUGGGCAAAAUCCCCAAAUCAUCUGCCCUUGUCGGCCGGUCUACUGGUCGGAAGACGAGCAUGGAUGGGGCUCAGAAUCAGGAUGAUGGGUAUCUGUCUCUCAGCUCCCGGACAAACUUGCAGUACCGGAGUUUGCCACGGCCCAGUAAGUCCACCAGUCGGAAUGGGGCUGGGAACAGGUCUAGUACAAGCAGCAUAGAUUCCAACAUCAGCAGCAAGUCAGCAGGCCUGCCAGUGCCCAAGCUGAGGGAGCCUUCCAAAACGGCCCUAGGCAGCUCUCUGCCAGGUCUGGUCAACCAGACGGAUAAGGAGAAAGGCAUCUCGUCGGACAAUGAGAGCGUAGCCUCCUGUAACUCUGUGAAGGUGAACCCGGCAGCCCAGCCCAUGUCCAGUGCGGCUCAGGCCACUCUCCAGCCAGGGGCCAAGUACCCUGAUGUGGCCUCUCCCACACUCCGCAGACUCUUUGGUGGGAAGCCUACCAAGCAAGUACCCAUCGCCACAGCUGAAAACAUGAAAAAUUCGGUGGUCAUCUCCAAUCCUCAUGCCACCUUGACCCAGCAAGGUAACUUAGAGUCCCCCUCAGGCAGCGGUGUCCUGAGCAGCGGGAGCAGCAGUCCUCUCUACAGUAAGAACGUGGAUAUCAACCAGUCUCCUCUAGCCUCCAGCCCCAGCUCAGCCCAUUCGGGCCCCUCCAACAGCCUCACCUGGGGCACCAACGCCAGCAGCUCCUCGGCAGUUAGCAAGGACGGCCUGGGCUUCCAGUCCGUCAGCAGCCUCCACACCAGCUGUGAAUCCAUUGACAUCUCCCUCAGCAGUGGAGGGGGGCCGAGUCACAAUUCUUCCACGGGCCUCAUCGCCUCCUCUAAGGAUGACCCCCUGACUCCCUUUGUCAGAACUAACAGUGUGAAGACCACACUGUCAGAAAGCCCUCUCUCUUCCCCUGCCGCUAGCCCUAAAUUCUGCAGAAGUACUUUGCCCAGGAAACAGGACAGUGACCCGCACCUUGAUAGGAACACUUUGCCUAAGAAAGGACUCAGGUAUACUCCCACCUCCCAGCUCCGCACACAAGAAGACGCAAAAGAGUGGUUACGGUCCCAUUCUGCAGGAGGCCUGCAGGACACGGCUGCCAAUUCCCCCUUUUCCUCUGGCUCCAGUGUAACUUCUCCCUCUGGAACAAGAUUCAACUUUUCCCAACUUGCGAGUCCCACUACUGUCACCCAGAUGAGCUUGUCCAACCCGACCAUGCUGAGGACCCACAGCCUCUCCAAUGCCGAUGGGCAGUAUGACCCGUACACGGACAGCCGCUUCCGGAACAGCUCCAUGUCCCUGGACGAGAAGAGCAGAACUAUGAGCCGCUCAGGCUCAUUCCGGGAUGGGUUUGAAGAAGCUUCUUGGCAAGCAAAAAUACUGUGCAGCUUUGCCAGUCCUCUUCCUAACUCGGGUUAUUUCUCUUUCCCUUUAUUCUUUCAGUCAAAGUGUGAAUUGGUUCAUGGAUCCUCGCUCUCCUUGGUUUCCAGCACGUCAUCAAUUUAUUCUACACCUGAAGAAAAAUGCCAGUCAGAGAUUCGCAAACUGCGGCGGGAGCUGGAUGCCUCCCAGGAAAAGGUUUCAGCUUUGACCACCCAGCUGACAGCAAAUGCUCACCUCGUCGCAGCGUUUGAACAGAGCCUUGGAAACAUGACAAUCAGGCUCCAGAGUUUGACCAUGACGGCUGAGCAAAAGGACUCGGAACUGAAUGAGCUAAGGAAAACCAUUGAGUUGCUAAAGAAACAGAACGCAGCUGCCCAGGCUGCUAUUAAUGGAGUAAUCAACACACCGGAGCUCAACUGCAAAGGAAAUGGUACCUCCCAGUCUGCAGAUCUCCGCAUCCGCAGACAGCACUCCUCUGACAGCGUCUCCAGCAUCAACAGUGCCACCAGCCACUCCAGCGUGGGGAGCAACAUAGAGAGUGAUUCAAAGAAAAAGAAGAGAAAGAAUUGGGUCAAUGAGUUACGCAGCUCCUUCAAGCAAGCUUUCGGGAAGAAGAAGUCCCCCAAGUCAGCAUCCUCUCAUUCAGACAUUGAGGAGAUGACCGAUUCUUCUUUGCCAUCGUCACCAAAGUUACCACACAACGGUUCCACGGGUUCCACUCCACUGCUGAGAAACUCGCACUCCAACUCUCUAAUUUCAGAGUGCAUGGAUAGUGAAGCCGAGACAGUCAUGCAGCUCCGAAAUGAGCUGAGAGACAAAGAGAUGAAGCUGACGGACAUCCGCCUAGAAGCCCUCAGCUCUGCACAUCAGCUGGACCAACUCCGGGAGGCCAUGAACAGGAUGCAGAGUGAAAUAGAGAAGCUGAAAGCUGAGAAUGACCGGCUGAAGUCGGAGUCUCAAGGCAGUGGCUGCAGCCGGGCGCCCUCGCAGGUGUCCCUCUCCGCCUCUCCGAGGCAGUCCAUGGGCCUCUCCCAGCACAGCCUGAACCUCACUGAGUCAACCAGUCUGGACAUGUUGCUGGAUGACACUGGUGAAUGCUCGGCUCGGAAGGAAGGAGGCAGGCAUGUUAAGAUAGUUGUCAGCUUUCAGGAGGAAAUGAAGUGGAAGGAGGAUUCCAGACCACACCUCUUUCUUAUUGGCUGCAUUGGAGUUAGUGGCAAGACGAAGUGGGAUGUGCUCGAUGGGGUGGUUAGACGGCUGUUCAAAGAAUACAUCAUUCACGUCGACCCAGUGAGUCAGCUAGGGCUGAAUUCAGAUAGUGUUCUUGGCUACAGCAUUGGAGAAGUCAAACGCAGCAACACAUCCGGGACCCCCGAGCUUCUACCCUGUGGCUAUCUGGUGGGAGAGAACACCACCAUCUCCGUGACCGUCAAAGGGCUCGCAGAAAACAGCCUGGACUCGCUGGUAUUUGAGUCGCUAAUCCCCAAGCCCAUCCUGCAGCGCUACGUCUCCCUGCUGGUAGAACACCGGCGGAUCAUUCUCUCUGGCCCCAGCGGCACUGGGAAAACCUACCUGGCCAACCGGCUGUCAGAGUACCUCGUGCUUCGGGAGGGACGCGAGCUGACAGAUGGGGUCAUCGCCACCUUCAACGUGGACCACAAGUCCAGCAAGGAAUUGCGCCAGUACCUGUCCAACCUUGCUGACCAGUGCACCAGUGAGAACAAUGCUGUAGACAUGCCUCUCGUCAUCAUCCUGGACAACCUGCAUCACGUCAGCUCUCUGGGCGAGAUCUUCAAUGGGCUGCUCAACUGCAAGGACCAUAAAUGCCCUUACAUAAUUGGCACGAUGAACCAGGCUACCUCUUCUACUCCCAACCUGCAGCUUCAUCACAACUUCAGGUGGGUGCUUUGUGCCAACCACACGGAGCCCGUGAAGGGUUUCCUUGGCCGGUUCCUGAGGCGGAAACUCAUGGAAAUGGAGAUCAGUGGGCGGGUGCGGAAUGUGGAGCUGGUAAAAAUCAUCGACUGGAUUCCCAAGGUCUGGCAUCACCUCAACCGCUUCCUGGAGGCUCACAGCUCUUCGGACGUCACCAUAGGUCCCCGGCUCUUCCUGUCGUGCCCAAUUGAUGUGGAUGGCUCCAGAGUGUGGUUCACCGACUUGUGGAAUUAUUCGAUUAUCCCCUAUCUCCUGGAAGCCGUCAGAGAGGGACUCCAGCUCUAUGGAAGGCGGGCUCCCUGGGAGGAUCCUGCCAAGUGGGUGAUGGACACCUAUCCUUGGGCGGCAAGCCCACAGCAGCACGAGUGGCCUCCCCUGCUGCAGCUCCGGCCUGAGGACGUCGGCUUCGACAGCUACUCCAUACCUCGGGAGGGCUCAACGAGCAAGCAGAUGCCCCCUAGUGACGCUGAAGGAGACCCGCUGAUGAAUAUGCUGAUGAGGCUGCAGGAGGCAGCCAACUACUCCAGCCCCCAGAGCUACGACAGCGACUCCAACAGCAACAGCCACCACGAUGACAUCCUGGACUCGUCCUUGGAGUCCACUCUGUGACAGGGGCCUGGACACAGAGCCUGCCCACCUUCUCCUUUCCUCGCCCCACUCCGCCUCCAUCCUCUGCACCACCCUGAAGAUGCCCUCCUGAGCCAGCCCCCAGUCGCAGCAUGCCAGCUGCAGGAAUACCAAGACCCCUCGUCCUCCAGCCUUGACCUGGGUGCAGGCAUCCCGGGCCAGCCGCCUUGGGACUGCUUCCUUCCACAGCGAGAACUGCACUAUCUUUGGUUUUCUUUUCAUUAUUGUUUUGCCUUGUUGCUGUGACCUCCCUAAGACACUAAAGAUACUUCUCGGGAAAGGAUUAUCACCGUUGAAAACGAAAAGGGUUUAAAUAAAACACAAACCCCACUUGAAGCUCUGAAACCAAACAGCAUCCCGCCAUGAGCUGCCCAGAGACAGAAGAGACUGGAGUAAAGCUGGAGGCAUAGACAGCUCAGCUCCCCCUCCGCACAGACCCUCCAGCACCCCCAUACCUGCACCAACCCACCCUCCUAUCCAGCCUGCCAACAGAGAACUGGUGCUAACUAAGAAGGGCACUUGCUUUGGUCACACAACAAACGACAGAGCUACAACGCAGGGAAAAACCUUCGGGGAAAAAACAACGCGUGCUUUCUGUUUUGUUUUUUAAAUGGUGCUCUCCUUAUCCGAGAGGUAUUCUGCCUGUUCCAAUUCAACCCACACCUUUCAGAUACAUCAGCCUCCGAUUAAUCCAUGAGCGUGAGUGAAGGAGUGAGAAUGCCUGAGCAGAUGUGCUAUAAUGCAGAACAGCAUGUGUCUGUUUCCUUCUUAUAUAUAAAUGAAUCAGGUUUUGUUUUUUUCUGCCGACACUGUGUACAGUGAGAAUUGGUCUACUUUGGAGAACUGAUUACCCCUUUGAAAAAGGUUGAGUUCCUCCCUUUCUGACUCUUUGAUUUUGAAGAUUUUUUUCUUCUUUCCUUCUUGGUCAGAACCAAUCCUUUGGUGAAAGUAAGAACCGCAGGAGUUGAGUUUUGGUUUGGUCCUGCUGAGUUUUGGUUUUCCGUUGUCCAUCCUCACAGUUCUAUACACUCGCCGCCUCCUGCUGGGGCUGGGGCUAGUCGCCGACGUCCAGUAAAAUGGACCAGGACCCCACCCUCAGCACGUGGGUGAGCCGGGACCUUGCCUUUCCUUCUCGUCCUCAAGGCUUUAGAUUGCACGUUGACACCUCAAGCGUGCCAGCCCCAACCUCAGGUGGGGUGGUGAGGUCACCUCGCGAAAGACUUGCACUUUCCUCAGAACCAACAUGACACAACUCAACAAAUGGGGGGCAGCCAUUCCCUCCAGAAGCCCCAGCCCCGGCCUCCAUCCAGAAAAGCCUUGCCUGACCUCUUCGGUGCUGACCUUCCCAAAGCGAUGCCUUACUGGUUUUGUACUAACCAUGUUCAUUUAUGAGUGUCAUGCCUGCCUGGGGUCCAUUUUGGGUUUUUCUUUUUUCCCCCCAUCAGAGCAAACAGGGCUAAAAAGUCAUCUACUCAUUAGGAGAACUCAAGUUGCUGUGACUUUUUUCUCACCCAAAAGACUCAUUUGUGUGGAUGUGUGACCAUGGGAAAAAGAAAAAGGAAAAAAAUAAAUAAAAAGAUUCAUUUUUUUUUUUUAGGUUCUUAUCAGUCUCCAGCUAACACCCUGACUGGACAAUGAUGUGUCUUGUGCAGGAAAAGGCACAAGUUCCUAAAAGUCUCCAUGACAUCGCUGAUAUAUGCCAUGCUACCACGUGUCUUGAACAUACUGGUAUUUUCUUUACAGAGUGUAGUAAACCUUUGAGUUCGUGUCUGUUUUAUAAAGAGAAUCUUUAUUCGACCCCAGUGGGGGAGUCUCUGUUAAUGAUCAGGGUUUUUAUUCCAUCUUGACAUUUUUUAUUUCUGAAGGUCCAUCUCUAUAGUUUUUCUUGUUACCACAAGAGCUUGACCUGAAACUGCUCACAUUACAUUGGAUGACACCAUUUUCUUCCACUUUGAAAGGAAAAAGGGAAAUUGUCCCACUAACUGGUGAACGGAAAACCUCUCAACACUGUCCCUGCUUUAGUCUCAAUAAAAUCAGACUCUAUCCUGCUAAGCCUUCAUGAGUCAUCUGGGUGUGUGAGUGUCUUCUUCUGUUUUGUUUUUCAUAAAGAUUUUUUAAACCAUAUAUUUAGCCUGUGACCACAGGCCAAACCCUGAGCCUUCUGGUAGACCUGAAGAGUGGUCCUUCUCAAUUUAUCUCCCAAUGAUGACCUUACACUCAUACUGUGAAUUUGGGAGGAGGUAAAAUUGACUUCUCCUCGUGGGCAGUUUUCCCAGUCACCUUGUGAGUAGACACCUGCCAAUAUUAUUUGAAACUCUUUUUCUUUCUUUCUUUCUUUCUUUCUUUCUUUCUUUCUUUCUUUCUUUCUUUCUUUCUUUCUUU